CCGACCACUUUUCUUAAGGGGCACAUACAUACACAAAUCUUUGCGUUGACCAAAACCAUUUUCACACGAUUUCCUUAUUGUUUGAUACCAUUCCUCUUGUUCUUGUUUUUUCUUCUUUUAUUGAAAGGCAAACUAUUUAUAUUAUUAUAAAAUAAAAGGAGGAUAAUUCUAGCAAGAAACUAGAUAUUGAAGCCCCUCUUGUUCCAAGUUAAUUGGAAUUCAAGCAUCUUGAGAAAACAAUGUAUCCAAAGGUGAAGGUAAUACAAGAAGAAGAAGAAGAAGAAGAAGAAGAUCCACCAAAGAUUUAUUUGAAGAAUUUCGAGUCGCUUUCUUUAUGUGAUCAUCCAUCUAAUUCCCCGGAACAUAAAGAUGGUUACACAGCACCAUACGUGCGGGUUCCUAUAUAUUCAGAUGUCAAGAAAUCAGUAAGAGCAGGCAAGGUCAACAGAGAGUCAAAUAGCAAGGCGGGUUCUGUGUUGCCGCCAAGAGCUGUUUUAUCAAGUCCCGAGAAUGAUGUAAUGCAUGGAGCCGGAACCAAAACCAAAAACAAAACCAAGACGGCGCCAGAGUCGGGUUUGAAGAAUCAGAACACACAUGUCAAGUGCACCAAGUCUUACGAGCUCCAGCAGAGAAGACGCUCGUGGAAAUAGAUUAUUAUCAAGUAUGACUGAUGAUACAUAUGUACAAUUAUAGAUUAUUCGUUCCUGAUUAAUCCGAUUAGGUUUGUGCUAGACUAUGUAAUAUGUACAUUAGGUAGAUAUAUCAUCAAUCCGAUAAUCGCUAGCCGGAAUCCGUAGACUGCCACCGAUUUUUGGCCAACUCGGACUGGAUUUGACCA